AUGCCAUUUAUUCCGCUUCGUCCAUCGUCUCGCGUCCCUUUUCUCGCCUGCGCAUCUGUCGUUUCGCUCAUCCCUUGGUUCCAUCUGUCUCGUCUUCCGUCUCCCGCGCGCGAUUUUGUGCGACGAGUCGUCAUCGUCCGCGAAUCUGCAUCGGCCCUUCCUCUUCCACACCUUUUGAAACAUCCUGAGCGUCAGUGGCAAGGCCAGCUGAUACGCUACUUCUCUUGCGUCUGUAGAAAGGACAAGCGGAAAGGCACUCAAGGGGAGCAGGACAACAGACACGCCGGGUACAAUUGGAGAGUGGACCAUAGUAGCAGCGGAGCAGGCAUGUCGAAGGGUCUAGAUACGGUGCACCGGGUGGUGGUGGGGUCUCUGGGGCUCGCCACCCUCGUUCUCGGCACAUCUGCUUUACUCAACGCUGGCAGCGCACUGAGCUGGCACUGGAGCAAGGACAAGCGUGCCAGUGAGAGCAAUGCACCGCCCCAAACUGACGCAGCAUCAUCCGAAUGA